ACCGACCUUUCGGUAAUAAUUAAAGACAUUUCGGUUCAACAAUACCGGUUUUCGGUAAUAUAACGAGCUGUCAUGUUAACAACUGUCAAUAUUUUGACAGAUGAUCUGCCGAGUUUUGGUUAUUUUUUACCGAAAAAGGUCCGUAAUAUUUGACAGCUGUCACUCCUCGGCCAUGAAAAAAUUACCGAACAGUUUAACGAACUCCACAUGUUAGGAUUUCGGUAAAAUAAUUACCGAACUCGGUAAUUUUCGUUUACUGUGUGUACUUUAUUGAUUUUUUCUUCUGGUGCAUGUGAAAAUUUCAAUGACUGUUCGCGACAUUUUCUCAUAACCACCCUGUUGAGGAAAAAAUUGUUUCGUUUAUACUUCGUAACCGGAUGUUAGUCUCGUUAAUUAAAUUUGACUUUGUGUGCUUUUCAUUUCUUCAAAAAUCAGUAAAUUCAGCCUAAUUCUGACUAAAUACAUUAUUUUGUGAGUUUGACUAGCAUUCUCGCAAUGGCCACCAAAACUCCAACCAAAAAGUUCAAAUGGCAGCUGGAUUUCGCGUCCAAAUCACGCAACAGCUCGGAUCUGCCAUCACCACCGGGAUUCAACCUAUCCGCCGGUCAGUUGCACAGCGAGGUUGCCCGUGACAAUGACCAGAGUCAUUUAAUUCUCAAGAAAUCGUGGGACAUUGCGUUGGGACCCCUGAAGCAGUUCCCCAUGAACCUGCUCAUCAUGUACAUGUCCGGUAACUCGAUCUCGAUUUUCCCGAUCAUGAUGGUGGUGAUGAUGUUCAUCCGGCCAAUUAAGGCCAUGCUCUCGACCGGGGCAACCUUUAAGGUAAUUGAGGGGGUCCAGGCCACGGGGCAAAAGUUUGUCUAUUUCCUCGGAAAUUUGGUCAACAUCGGGUUGGCUCUGUAUAAGUGUCACACAGCAGCAGCUCCCCAUAUGGGUUUGUUCCGAAGACUGCAGCAACCCCGACUGGGCGUUGUCGUUAACAAUGAACUGGUGGCCUAA